AUAUAGACACUUCUUACUUUGUUUUCUCCCCCCAUACAUUAAAGAAAUUUCAGAAAUGGCUAUUUUAUCAGAAGGUAAUGGCUAUGGUGUCGUAUUAGGAUUUGGUGCCCUAUUUGCAUUAAUUAUGACAACCAUCACUUUUCUUUGCAAGCGAUACCUACACGAAGUUCAAACUUCAGAAAUGUACAUGACAGCACAGCGUACUGUGAAAACAGGUUUAGUGGCCAGUGCCAUUGUUUCGAGUUGGACAUGGGCAGCAACGCUUCUUACUAGUACAGAAGUCGCGUACAAAUAUGGUGUAUCCGGUCCUAUCUGGUAUGCUUCGGGCGCAGUAGUCCAAGUUUUGCUUUUUGCUGUAUUAGCCAUCGAACUGAAAAGACGUGCUCCUAAUGCCCAUACAUUUUUGGAAGUUGUUUUGGCUCGUUAUGGUAAAGGUGCUCAUGGUGUUUACCUUUUUUUUGCCACCAUUACCAAUAUUCUCAUUACAGCCAUGCUGCUUUUAGGUGGUAGUGCAGUUGUAAAUUAUUUAACUGGUAUGCACACUAUUGCUGCUUGUUUCUUACUCCCUGUAGGUGUAGUUGUUUACACUUUGUUUGGUGGUAUUAAAGCUACCUUCAUGUCAGAUUAUGCUCAUACUGUAGUAAUUUUUAUUAUUAUCAUUUCAUUUGUAUUCACUGUCUACGGUACAUCACCAAAAAUUGGAUCCAUCGGCACCAUGUACGAUUUACUAGUCGCUGCAUCAGAAAGAACUCCUAUUGUUGAUAACGAGAAGGGAUCUUUAGUUACCAUGUCGUCUAUUCAAGCCCUUUUAUUUGGCAUAAUUAACAUUUGCGGUAAUUUUGGUACCGUUUUUCUGGAUAACGCUUAUUGGCAACGUGCUAUUGCCGCUCAUCCUCAAUAUGCUGUCAAAGCAUAUUUGAUUGGCGGUCUUUCUUGGUUUGCUAUCCCAUUUACUCUGGCUACAACAAUGGGUCUUGCUGGUAGAGCUCUUGAUAUUCAGCUUACCCCUUUUGCCAUCAGUCAAGGUUUGGUGUUACCAGAUGUUGCUAUUGCCCUUCUAGGAAAAGCUGGUGGAUUUGCAUGUCUUAUUCUAGUUUUUAUGGCUGUUACCAGUGCUGCAUCUGCAGAAUUAAUUGCUGUCUCAUCUGUCAUGACCUACGAUGUGUAUCGUACAUAUAUUCGACCCAAUGCUAAGGGUAAAGAAGUUGUUCGUUUCUCUCACAUCUGUGUUGUCACAUUUGGUAUUCUUAUGGGUGUUCUCGCUGUAUUGCUAAAUUUGACAGGUAUAAGUCUUGGCUAUCUGUACACGCUAAUGGGUGUUCUUAUUUCGUCUGCAGUUGUACCUCUUACAAUGACCUUGUUAUGGAGCAAGCAAUCAAAAGCUGCAGCUAUUGCAUCUCCAAUUAUUGGUUUUAUUGCGGCAGUUGGUACAUGGUUAGGUGUCACUUCGAAUAUGUAUGGUGAAAUCACUGUUAACACUACCUCACAAAAUUACCCCAUGAUGGCUGGUAACAUUGUUGCACUUGUUUCACCUAUUUUUAUCACUGUUGCAAUUAGUUUAAUUAAACCUGAUCAUUUUAACUUUGACGCUACUCGUGAUAUCCAACAGGUGGAUGAUUCCAACCAAGAACAAAUUGCUGGCGACUUUGAUGAAAGAAACCCCAAGCCUGCUGUAGCUGUUGCUGUUGCUGCUGAAGCUGUUACUAAUUCCGAAGAAGAAAUGGAAGCCAUGGCCAAGUCAUCUCGAUUUGCUAAAGUCUCCAGUAUUGUACUUUCCUUGGUCUUGUUUCUUUUGUGGCCUUUACCAAUGUUCCUCUCUAAAUAUGUAUUUUCAAAGUCCUUCUUUACAGGAUGGGUUGUAGUGUCUAUUAUCUGGGUUUUUGCCAGUACAAUAGCAGUCGGCAUUUAUCCAAUCUAUGAAUCUCGUCAGACUAUUGCAAGUGUCUUUGCUGAAAUUUGGAGAGAUAUUACUGGAAAACGGGUCCCUAACUUACCUACAACAAAUGAGAGCGCAAUGAUCUCUGAAGAGAACAUUAUUGUAUAUAACGCAGAGAAAAAAGACUUGAGUCAUUAAAUAAAUUAUCAUCCCACACUUUAAUACACUUAUACACUAUUGCUCAAUAAUAAUAAUAAAAAAAUCUGAUUUGGCUCAAUUAA